AUGCGACUGAUGAUGUUGGUUAUAUAUGGGAAGCAGUUAAGAAUGACAAUAUAAUAUCUAAAAAUAUGCAUGAUAAUGAAAAGAUUAAAACUCAUUCUCUUUCAGUAAAAGACUAUAUAAAUUGGAUCAAAAGUCUUGAAAAGGCAGGACUCAAAUAUGUUAGACAUGAUUGUUAA